AUGGCCACCUCAUUGGUCAAGACUCAGGCCACGUUCCUGGGCUCUGCCUACCAGACCCGUGACAAGCUCAAGGCUGCUUACCCCGAGCUGGCCGAGGAGGGUGCUGUGGAAAUCGUGAUCAUCAAGACCACCGGCGAUAAGAUCCUGAACCAGCCUCUCGCCGACAUUGGUGGCAAGGGUCUGUUCACCAAGGAGGUUGAUGAUGCUCUUCUGGGAGGAGCCGUCGACAUUGCCGUGCACUCCAUGAAGGAUGUGCCAACAUACCUUCCGGAGGGGACUAUCCUCCCUUGCAAUCUUCCUCGUGAGGAUGUGCGAGAUGCGUUCAUCUCGCUCACCGCCAAGUCCCUGGCUGAGCUUCCUGCUGGCAGCGUCAUUGGCAGUGCAUCCCUCCGCCGGCAGUCGCAAAUCCUCCACCGCUACCCCAGCAUGAAGGUACGGAGCUUCUGCUGA